AUGGAUGUAUGCAACAUUAAUAAUGUACAGAAAAGGUUUUCAGGACAUAAUAAAUGGAGUAAAAUUAGACAUGUGAAGGGUGUAAAAGAUCUUGAACGUGGAAUUUUGUUUACAAAACUUUCGAAGGAAAUUCAACUUGCGGUAAAACUGGGAGGUUCUGAUCCCGGACAAAAUGUUCGAUUAGCUGCCGCAUUGGCAAGUGCCAAAAAAGCACAUAUGCCUAAGGAUAAUAUAGACAAUUCAAUUAAAAGGGCAUUAGGCCAAACAAAAGCCGAUAGCAUCGAGAGCAUAACCUAUGAAGGAUAUGGACCUGGUGGAAUAGCAUUUUUAAUAGAAACCUUAACAGAUAAUAAAAAUAGGACCGUUAAAGAUUUAAAACAUUUUUUUGCUAAAGCUGGAGGAUCAAUGUCAGCCGUAUCUUGGAUGUUUAAUAAAAGAGGUAGUGUUCAGUUUAAUCAUGGAUCAACGCAGGAUACUCUUGAUAAAAUGAUGGAUAAUGCAAUAGAGAUUAAUGGAGUUGAAGAUAUUCAAGAAUUAGAUGAUGAUUCAUUAGAGAUCAUAUGCCCUUCACCAUCUGUUAAUGUGAUAUAUGAAGAAUUAACAACAAAGUACAAUUAUGAAGUCAUUAGGAUGAGUAGUGGAUACAUUCCUACAUCAACCAUUAAAUUAAAUGAAGAUGAUAAAGAUUUGAUGGAAAAGUUUACAAGAUUUAUGAAUAAUUUAAAUGAUCAUGAGGAUGUUAUAAAAGUGCAUAACAAUGCCGAAUGA